UCCGGCUCGGUCAGGUGUACUUGUCACCGCGUUCUAGUGCGAAGUUUUGGAAAAAUGUUCAUUAAAAUUAUUGUUCCAUUUCUAUUGGCCCUCACUCCGCUCGUAACCGGUGCCGAUGGUCCCGAUUUUAGCUAUGGCGAUGCCCAAUUCUCUACGGAAUACUUCCGAGCAGCAUACAACGCAUCCGGGAACUGUGUAAUCUCACCAAUUUCGAUACGACUAGCAAUGGCCGCUUUUUACCAAGUGGCCGGAGUAGCCACGGAAGAAUCGAUUCAGCGAACAUUUUAUCUGCCAGUAUUGAAAUCUUUGGCCAGCGAUAAUGCUGCCAGUUUAUUUGAAGAAAUUAGUACCAAUGACCAGCUGAAGGUGGCAUUCAAAGUUCUCAAGAACCAACAACCUCUAGCGGACGAUUUCAUUGCAGUCUUGGAUAAGGUAUUCAAGAUUUCACCGGAAAAUUUUGUGGAAAAAUCAUCGGUUUUGACUGCCGUCAACAGUUUAGCCAGUAUGGUUUCUAGUGAACGCAAACGGAACUUCCUUAAUGAAGAUGAACUGAGUUCCAACGUUGACAUGGUUCUGUUCAAUGCAGUUGCCUUGAGAGUUACGUGGGCGGAGCGGUUUUCCGUGGCCAAAACUAAUCGGCAGAUGUUCGCCUUCCGGAAUGGGGCAAGGGAAGUAGACAUGAUGCACGAAACCAUGGAGGUUUUGUACAAGUCCGACGACGACGAUGGCGACUACCACGCCGUUCAGAUCCCGUUCAGUGAGGACAGUGACUUGACCAUGUGGAUUAUGGUGCCUCGAGAAUCGAGUAACUUCUUGUCGUUGGUGAAUUCGCUUUCCGCCGAUUUGCUGGAAGACAUGGAAACCACGGCGAUUCCCAAGACUGUUGAUUUGUCCUUGCCCCGGUUUGAAAUCCGGACCAAUCACGUGACGACGAAAGUUAUUGAAAAACUGGGCCGCGGUCAAUUGUUUACGGAUAGAGAUUUUAACAUUUUCAAAGGCAGAAAAUCCGGUCUUGGUGAGCUGGUGCAAAGUACGUUGCUGAAGUUGGACGAAAGAGGAACUCAUUCAGCAGCUGCGGCUUCUUCGGUCUCUCCAGCUGCUUCGCAGAAUCGUGCCAGGAAUGUCAAAUUUGUUGCAAAUCUACCGUUCGUUUUCAUCGUUAAAAAGAUUUCAUCCGAUACGAUCAUUUUUAUUGGUCACUAUUCGAACUACAGUUAGGAUAGUGACAUUUAGUUGCAUGAAAACUGAAAUACAGAAUGAUAUACAAAUAUU